AUGAAGGACAAAGUGAAGAGAGGAGGAGGAAGAACCCAAGCCAAGGCUGAUCCGACCAGCCUGCCUGUUGUAGAUGACUCCAUGGGUAUGAAGGGGCAAGAAAACACACCUUUUCCUGUGAAGAUACAGGGAGCAGGGGUAGAGCCAUUUGAACUGCAGGCUCAUGGAUUUUGGCUUGUUCAGGAUGCGAUAAUGACUCUGCUUUCAAGGAAUGAGGUGCAUCCACGCUCCAACCUGUCUCUCUCACUUGCUGGUGCAACUCUGGAUCCCAGUGCAGAACUGCAAACUGUCAAGGGUCUGAAAACCGGAGCCACCAUUCGCCUAGUGGAAGAACCAUACACCUCCCACACAGCCAGGCUUCACCUGGCUCGUGUUGUUGACCUGCUGAGAACAUCUGGACCUCAGGAUGCACUAAGAGAAGGACGUUCUCCAAGCGUACUGGAGACACUCGUACAUUCUCAAACACCUGACUCCAACUUACCAAAUGGAAAGAUCCCGAAACGCUCUUUAAUCAAUGCCAAAGCAGAAUCAACCAGCCAGGAUGGAGUUGCUCCUGAGUACCUCCUACCGGGCUCCUCAGAGAGACCUCUCAUGGCCCUGCUGCCACACAGCGCUCAGCCAGAGCCCCCCAGUUAUCUAAAGGACCUGUCACUGAGCUGCUGGAACCCACCUCCAGGACACAGGAAAAUGCAAGGAGACUUCAUGUACAUCACAGUGUUGACAAUGGAGGGGCGACGUUAUGACAUUACGUCUUGUCCUAAGGGUUUCUUUCUCAAUAGGUCUACUGAAGAUGUCUUUGAUCCACGUCCUGCACAGUCCUCAGCAGUUUGUCACUGUAUCACCGACCUGCUCUGUCAUAUCAGCCCUGCAUUCAAACAAACCUUUACCACACAAAAAAGCAGGCCUCAGCAACCACCCGUUGAAGCUAUGCCCACUCCUUAUCACACCCUUAGCUGGCUUGGGCCCCCCUGUACAUCUCGCUCUCAUAAAAAUGCCUUCAGUAGACUGGGGUUGGAUGAACAGGCAGCGACACAGGCUCCAGAUUGGAAUGAGGAAUUACAAGCUGCGAGAGAUCUUCCACAAGCAAGUCUGGAUCAGAGGCUGCAAAGAGACAAAGCUCUGCUCCAGGUUAAUAGUGCAUUUGUGAGGGCUGCCAUGCAAGGGGCUGAGACUGUUAUAGAUGGAUUUGUUGAGCCAGUAAAUGGAAAUCCAGAGGACCCAGCUUUCCUGUGGAAUGGCCUGUUCAUGAGCCAGGGGGCGACCAGUGCUGACUUUGGCCAUGAAAGGGGUCGCAGAGCCGCUCAGAGGCUUGAGCUUAAAGCAGUGCAAGCUUACAAUGACCUGGACGGGCUGCAAGGGCUGCACACUCUGCCCACAGCCAUUGUAGAUUACAGAGGAGUGCGCCUGUCUGCCCAGGGCCUUGCUCCUGGUUUGGAAGGCCAAGAGCAGAAUCAGGAAGCUACUCCUGCCUCAAGAGGUUUGUUCUAUGGGGUGAAUGCUGGACCCCAAGAGUCUCCCCAUCGCAGACGGCUGCUGGCACUCUUAGCUCACUCAGCCAAAUCUCUGUCCCUCCAGAGACAUGUUGUUAUGGCUCCCAACGGUCAUCAAGUCCCACUGUUUACCUCAGUGGAUGCUCAGGGGCUGCUGGGGGCUGAUGGAAGGUUUUACUUGCUGGAUGUGUUUAGAAGCUUCCCAGCUGAUGCCAACUUCUGUCCAGAGGUUGAGACACAAAAUCAAACAGUUACUGGGGAUGACGAAAUUAGCAAAAGCUCAAAAGAGGAUGAAGAGACAGACAGUGGCUGGCCAGAAAACUAUCACUCAAACUGUGGACUUCCGAAAAAAUUCCCUCAUAGCCUCUGUAGGCUGAGACCAGAACUCGUGCAAUCUUUCAUUCAACACAAACAUUGUCAGUUCACUCAGCAUGUCAGAGAGAGUUUGGAUGAAAAUGGAGGCUUUGAAGAAUGUGCAACAGCUUGUGAUUCUCGGGCCACUGAUGCAGUACGAGCGGCCUGUAAAAAAGUGGGCUCAGUUAGUGACAUCAUCUUUGAGAUGCGAUUUAAUCCGAACGUUUUCUCUCCUGGGAUAUCCUUUCCUCCUGGGGAAAGCACAGCAACAAAACUACAGGAGAGGUUGUUGAGGGAAGCUGCAGCUUACAUCAUCACACACCAGAUACCAGCCUAUGUGCAGUGUUGUCUACAAAGUAAUGAGGCACCGAUGGAUGGUGCUUCUUUAAAGGAGACAUUACAUCAGAAAGGUAUCAAUCUCCGGUACCUGGGCCAUGUGAUCAAGACCAUCAAUCACUCAGAACACAAGGAGCGCCUGAGGCACAUAAGGAGAUCAGCAGUUGGUGACAUUUUCAUUCGAUCAGCGAGAAGAGUUUUCAACGGAUUCCUCCAGGGUGUGGACAUACCUUGUCUCUCCACAGCUGUCAGUCACUUCCUUUGCUGCCUGUUGGUUGCCAACUUCGUGCCCUCUCAAGUUGGAGAAGAUUCAAAGAAAAAGUCGAGGCGUCGUGGCCGUGGGGCUGGGGCCUCUGAGAACACACCUUGGAGCAUGCUCACAGGGGCUGAGCUGUGGAAUCUAGUCUGUCAGGAUGCUGCAGAGACAUAUGACAUCUCUGACAUUCUCGGUUCUGGCCCGAACUACCUGGUGGAACACUACGGCCUUCAGAAACUCUCCUUACUUAGAGGGUUCUGUCUAAAGACUGGAGUACAGCUGAGACUGAGAGACUACUUCCUUGAUAACCAGAACAAAGCCCCCAUCAGUCCGGAUGACAUCCUUAACAUCUUCCCUGUAGUCAAGCACAUUGAGAUCCAGACUGCUGAUGCUUUAAAAGCAUAUAAUGCUGCAAAGAACUUCAUUCAAAAGGGUCUGCUGGAUCAGGCUCAUGAGCACCUGAAGGAAGCAGUGUAUCUCUUUGGCAGAGUGUGUGACGAUCUACACCCUGAAGCUUGUUAUUGUCGCAGCCUGUUGGCCAAGGUGGCCUACCUGCAGGGAAAGGCAGCUGAGGCCCGCAGCAUCCAGCUGAAAGCUGUGGUCAUCAGCGAGCGGGUGCUGGGCUUUGACCAUCCCAACACGAUUCAACAAUAUGCUCUUUUGGGCGUCUACACGUAUGCUGGAGGGGAAACAAGUCUGGCUCAAAAGUGUUUUCUCAGAGCUCGUCUACUCAUGCUAACGGUCCACGGAGAAGACCACCCGUUCACCGCAACACUGGAUAGCUGCCUUGGGCUGUUACUGACAAAAGAUCAGACGGAACCGUUCCUGAAGAAUGCCCUAAGACUAAACACUUCCUUCUUCGGCCCCACAGAUCUGCAUACAGCUCUAAAUGAGCACCUUUUGGCCCAGUGGAUGUGCAGUAAGGGUGACUACAGAAGCGCUAUGGUGCAUGAGAAAGAGGCCCUUACUGCCUUUACUACAUUGUUUGGGGAGGAUCACCCACAGUCAAAAUGCAGCAAAGAGUUCCUGUCCACCAUAACCAAGCAGGCAGUGAAGGUGGAGCGCACUCUCAGACAGGCAGGGGCUGACAGCACCGAGCAAACUGUGGAGUGUCUGAGCCCAACAUCUGACACCAUUCUGGAGCAGCUGGUUUUGGCGGCAGCAGCAAAGGAGCUGGGAAUCCAACUAACUACUGGCCUCUUACAAGGAGGAGAGAAAAGCUUGGAAAAAGAAACAGGAAGCGGGAAGGAAGCUGAGGAUGAAGGAAACUCAGCAACAGAGAACAACAGCGAGCAGGAGCUGCCAGUGGAAGACACCUCUGAAGGGAGCGCUGCAGUAGUCUCGGCUAAUGGUCAAGGGGUGGAGCUAAAUGGGCAGAGCAAACAUGGGGAGGAAACAGAUGUAGACAAUGACAGAGCAGAUUCAGAUUUUGGGGUCAAGGUAAAAAAUGAAGAGAAUGAGCUAAGGUCAGGGGAGGAUGGUGAAAUAAAUGGAGAUGUGAACCUUAAUAAAGGAAACAGGAGCUGGGCAGAUGUUGUCACUUCAAAACCAACCUUAGCCAAUGGAAGCGGACCCAAAGCAGCAAAUGGAGUAGAUAGCGGUGCUGAAAGCGGGGCUACGGAAGAGUGA